AUGCCAUGCCCUUUCGGAAUCCGCAGUGCCGCGCAUCAGCUCGAGCGUCAAGGGGCUUGGGCGAGCAGCUACCGAGCAGUGCUGCAGCGCUGCGGUGAGGAGCCGUGGAACAUGCAGGUGGCGAUUCACAAGCAUAUGGAGGGCUUUGUGAUCACCAACCCAUGCUGUUCUGAUGCGGUUCAGCAGUGGAAUGAUGAGCAUCCUGAGCUCAGCAUUCAAGCGGGGCAUGUUAUCAUGGAGCUCAACGGCUUCAGUGAUUACAGCAACAUGAGGGAGCAACUCCGAAGUGCUUCCACCUUGAACUUGCUCAUGUCCACAGUGCGAGACGCUGACCAGGAGAAGGCCUUCCAGGUGCACUUGAAGCGGGAAGGUCUUUUUGCUGCACUUGAUGCUUUGGUGGUCAAGGUCCACUCAGUACCUGGUGACUGUGGCGCCGAGGCUUGCUCCAUUUGUCAUGAGGACAUGGACGGUGCCGAAAACCACGGCGGUGGGUGCUGUGUGCGGCUCCCAUGCGGACAUCAUUUUCAUGAGCUUUGCGUGAAGAAGUGGCUGGUGACUGGGAAGCACCGUUGUCCAUUGUGCAACGGUCAUCUUGACCUUCAAUAA